CAAGCACAGAAGUAUGCAGCCUUGCUUCUUUUGAAGCGGGGUAACGGCUGUGUUAUAAAACCACCUCAGGCUAUCGAAGGACAGGCUAAACCAGGCUCUAAACUCAUAUAAAACUUCUAUAUUCUGUCAACUGAACCCACGUUUCGUUUUCAGUCGAAAAUGGAGCCACGACCUAAAACCUCUCAAUAUGCAAGAAUUUUCCGAGAACCUCCAAUCCAGGUGAUUGUAGGGAGUGCUAAGAGCUCCUAUUAUGUCCAUCCUGAAGCCCUGUCAUGGUGCAAAAACUCAGCACUAAGUGCGCGAAUCGAAGGGCCGUGGAGGCAGCACGGAGAUGAAAGUCCAAUUGACUGGUCCGACUUCGAUGAGCAGACAGUCGAAUGCGUCUUGAGCUAUCUUUAUACGCAAGAUUACUACGUUCCGCAGUUGGAAUCUGUUCCUGACGAUAGUUGCAAAAUCGACGAUGACUGCGAAGCUCCUACUGGAAUCGAGCCGUCUACACCCGAGUCUGUACCUGAUGAUCAAGAAACACUUAACAGACCACUAACACCCUUGAGCCGGUGCCUCAAGGCUGGCCUACCGGCAGAUAAUAACUAUACUGCUGCAGGCGCUUGCACUUACCGAGCAUCUCCGAAUCCUGACGAUCGCCUUGGCGCUGAAAUUUUGAUCCAUGCGAAAGUAUAUUGCUUCGCACAUCGUUAUUGUAUCCGUGAACUUGAAGACUUCGCACUGCAACGUCUCACGAAGGUUCUUAUUAUCAUCGAUGCGGAAACAGAGGCAGUGUUUCCGUAUCUCGCAGAUGCUAUCCGUGUUGUCUACGAUUCGACACCAGGAGCGAAUUUUCAAGAUAAUCCUGCUCGGAAGUUGUUAUCCCAGUAUGUUGCAUUGAAUUACACUAGGUUAGAAAGUGAGAGCUUCGAUCAAAUUAUGGCAGAGGGUGGUGAAUUCAUGGUGGAUUUAUCGCACAAGUUGGCCAGGCGGCUCAACAUGAAUGGCAUUGGUGCCGAGACUCUGGUGGAACAAAUUGAUGAUCUUAACUUACAGAUAAGUCAGUUGAGUCUAGAUCUUCAUGACCAGGUGACCCAGCUCAAUAGUGCGAGGAAAGAACUGAUGGAGUGGGAUAGCUGGAAUCGAGGGAUUUCCGGAAAGUAUAAAAAGGCAAAAAGAAAGGUGUAAUCAGGGAUUGCUUCCACUUGAUACACUACAUCGUUAAGCGGACGGCCUCAAACUUUUCAUUCAUACUACAUGAUGGUGAUUGGCUGGAGCUGGGGUUCGUUAUAUACUCGGGGGAAUAAGAAUGGACACUCCGCUGCGUGCAGCGAAUGAGAAACAGUGGUUGUAUAGCAGUAGACCAAGCUAGUAUGAAAUCCGACAAGGCUGCCGAUAAGGGCCUAGCCUAUAUGUUCAGGGAG